AUGUCUACAACGGAAGGAUCAGUUUACGUUCUAAAGGCUGGUGAGGAUACGGAAUUCGAUAGAUCGGUUAAGCAACAUCUCUCUGUAUUGAGCAUUCGAAUAAUCCUUCUCAUCCUAGUCUUGCUCAUUUCAUUAGCGGAAAACCUAGUAAUGAUUCUUCUAACCCUUGGUCCUAUGCAUCGUUGGUUCCGGCGUCGCACAAACAAGAAACGCUUUUUGCAGCCAGGCACAUACAGCAAUUUAUACAGUCAACCAACACUAGAGGUGACUGCUCUGCUGCCAGAUGACUCCAACGAAGCAUUUCCGUUUAGUAGAAACUCCCCUGAUCUCUGUCGACCCGAAAAAGAUGAAGAAACAACGAAGUUUUGCAACAACAAGCACUCUAAUAUCCGAACAAUAUUUCCCCUCUCUAACCAGGAAAUGUCCAGCCGUUGGGUUAGGCUGCCAUUUCAGAGAAUUCAACAGGAGUUAACAGAAAAUGCUGAACGAGAAUCUUCUCAUAGGAAUCUUUCGAAUGAAGCCCAAACAAUAACCUAUUCUUCGAAAAAAGACUUAUAUAUGGAGCCUAGAUUGGACCAUUCUCUUGGCAAUUCGUUGAUCACACAGUCAAAUGAUACCUUUGCUAUAGUGGCUCCCCCUCAGCGUCAAUCAAUAAAGCGCCUAAAUACUCUUGACUCACCCAUGCCACUAACUCCUGACAGCCAUAAACAGACUGCUAUGCAACCCAAUAAAAAGAAAGACCAUAAAGGCUUUUUCCGAAUGCCGCAGGAAUUUUUCGAAAUGUCCACAUGUGAUGGAUGUUGGAAGACGACUGGACGCUCUACCCGGUAUUAUUUUGGCAAUUUGUGCUUCGCAAAUUUUCUCCUGGCAGCACUGGCAAUGCCAUACACAGUUGCCGUUUGCCUUGGCUCUCAAUCUUCAAAAUCUAUGACAAAAACUGCAUCUGGUAUCGGAGAAGUGGUAAAUCGAAGCUCAACUGGUGGAGCUAGAGGUUAUAGUCGUAACUUUGUACACCCAGACCAUUCUCUUCUGCCUGAGCCUCUGUGGCUAGACUAUACAAGAUGCAGUAUGAUUGAAACCAUCGUGAGUGGACUUACAAUGGCUAUGAUCGUUUGCCUCGUUCAACUGACGGCAGACAGACUCUUCGCCGUAUGUCGCCCAUUGCACUAUGCUAGAGCAAUGACCCGGCGUCGCAGCGUGAUUAAUAUAUUGGCUGGAUGGUUAGCUUGCUUUAUUUUUUCCGGAAUUCCUCACCUUUGGGCCCUUCUAGUACCCACCAGCGACAUCCACGAAGCUACUUCAGUCACAUCUGAUGUGUUUCAGUGCUUUAUCCUGGGACAGCAUGCCGACGGUGGACAUCGUUACUACGUAAUUGCCUACUUCAUCAUAGUGUAUACCUUGCCAGUAAUUUUCAUCACCACUGCAUAUUUCAAGAUGUAUCUGAUGGCUCGUCGCCUUGCUCGCCAAUUUCAUUUUUCACAGGUUACUUCCCCUCAACCUAUCAUACCUCCUGAUAGGCAUUUUUCUGAUCCCUUCAAAGAAAGCCUUGUGAAAGCUGAGAAAAAGACUAACCUUGAUAUUUCC